AUGCCCGACACUAAGUACCUCAGUAGGCAGAGUCCAUAUACUUACUCUUAUGACAACCGGACAGGAUGGAGACGCUUUCGUGUCCUGAAUCCAUGCAGAGGCAUGUAUCAUGAUGUGCGUCGGCGACUACCCUACUACUGGAGUGACGUCCGAGAUGCGUUCACUUAUCGAACCGUCGCAAGUACGAUUCGCAUAUACUUCAUUAAUAUUCUCCCUGCUAUCGCCUACACAUUGGAUAUGUAUCGCCGAACCGGAGAGUUCUACGGCAUCAAUGAAGCGCUGUUUUCCUCGGCACUCGCAGCUAUGGUGUUCAGCGUCCUGGGCGCACAACCACUUACUAUUGUCGGUAUCACUGGACUAAUAUCGCUGUUCAACUACACCAUAUAUGAUAUUGUAGUCAUAUACGAGCCCUCCAUAUACGCUAACUUCAUGUGCUGGACUGCUAUCUGGGCGGCGAUCUUCCAUUGGAUUGUUGCUGUGUGCAACCUCUGCGACUAUAUGCGCUAUGUGACCGACUUUUCAUCUGAGUCAUUUGGUGCAUAUGUUGGGAUUAUCUAUUGCAUAAAGGGCGUCGAAGAGCUCGUUAACGAGUUCACUGUCUACGGGCCAACCGCAGGCUUCAUGAGUUGCAUGAUUGCUAUUCUGUACUUCUUCACAAUAUACGGACUUGAGUUGCUGGGCUCAAGCACAAUCUGCCGACCAUGGUUUCGUGGACUACUGGCUGAUUAUGCUUAUGUGAUUGGAACCAUCUUCUGGGUAGGAUUCGCACAUAUCCCUGGCAACCUCAAGGAGACCGGUAUCUCAUUCGUGCCCAUAACUCGGGCAUUCUAUCCUACACAGCCGCGUGGUUGGCUGAUUCAUUUCUGGGAGUUGGAGACAAAAUGGAUAUUUGCAGCCCUACCUUUCGGAUUCUUGGUCAUGCUGCUCUUCUAUUAUGACCAUAAUGUCAGCAGCCUCGGUGCUCAAAGCAGACAAUACCCCUUAAAGAAACCAGCCGGCUUCCAUUGGGACUUCUUCCUCUUAGGCUGCACCACCUUCAUCGCCGGAAUCACCGGCAUCCCAAUGCCGAACGGCCUCGUCCCACAGGGUACUGAACUCCGCCACCCCAUCACUACCCCCACAGUCGUAAUCGAGCAACGCAUCUCCCACUUCCUCAUGGGGUUGGCCAUAAUCGGCACCAUGACAGGUCCCCUCCUGAUAGUCCUACACACCAUGCCGGCCGCCGUGUUCGCGGGUGUCUUCUUCAUAGUAGGCUGGGGCUCCAUUGAAUCAAACGGCAUGCUGCAGAAGAUCAUCUUUCUACUUCGGGAGGAUCGGUUCAUCCCGCGGAAUAAGAGAUUACCCCGUGUUCCGAAGCGGAAGAUUGUACUUUACGUGAUGUGCCAGGUUGUGGGGGUCGCUACGUGCGUGGCUAUCUCUCAGACUAUUGCGGCCAUAGGGUUCCCAAUUCUGAUUAUAGGGUUGAUUCCGUUCCGGGUGUGGGUUAUGCCGAGGUGGUUUGGAGCAGAAGAGUUGGGGGUGUUGGAUGGGUUGACGGCGGAUGGGGAGGCGGUUUUGUGCAGUUUGGGGGGUCCACCUAGGUUUCCUGGGGAGGUGGGGAGGGGUCUUUAG